AUGGUCCUUGUGGUGUUGCUGCUCAUUCGGCUUCCUCAUAUGGCAUGCAAGGCUCCCGUUAAACGCAGGGUCCAAUAUCCACACAGUCCACUGCACAAAUACCAUCAGAAAGGAGACCUCAUCAUUGGUGUCAUUGCCUCCCAAAGUUUCAUCAUGUCCAGCUCAAUAUCGUUCACUGAAAUACCACCUCCAGUAUCAGCUGAAGAGUUGAUAGUAGUACCUAAAAAUUACCAGCAUAUCUUGGCCUUGGAAUUUGCAAUAAAGGAGAUCAAUGAAAACCUUCAGCUCUUACCCAAUGUCACUUUGGGUUUCGACAUCUAUGACAGUCAUUUUACUGCAGUGAGGACCUAUCAUGCCACCAUGUUACUCAUGUCCACAUUGGAGAGAUUUUUCCCUAACUAUGUAUGUUACACCCCGAAUAACCUAAUAGCUGUCAUUGGAGGACUGGACUCUGAAACCUCCCUUCAUGUGGCAAAUAUCUUGGAUAUCUACAAGAUGCCCCAGCUAGUAUAUAGCCCUGCUCCAGUGAUGAAUGAUAAAACACCAGGCCUCCCUUUCUAUCAGAUGAUUCCAAAGGAGACCAUUCAGUAUGAGGGGAUUCUGUCUUUGCUUCUGCAUUUCAAAUGGACAUGGGUUGGGGUUGUUCUUAUGGAUACUACAGAAGGAGAAAGAUUUGUGCAAACUGUGGUUCCAAUGUUUUCCCAGAAUGGCAUCUGUUUUGAUUUCAUAGUAAGAAUCCCCACACUAACUUUUGUCCCCAACAUUAAAGAGAUGUUUGACGAAGGGGAAAAAACAUAUGCCCAAGUGAUGGCCAGCAAAGCCAGUGCUAUGCUGGCAUAUGGACCGUCUUAUUCCAUGGCAUUUUUUAGAUUUUUCCCAUUUUUAUCAGAAGAAAAGCAGGUGUCAGAUUAUCCAAAAGGCAAAGUCCAUCAUUCCCUGAGAACUGUCUCAUUUAACAACAGUGCUUGGGACACAAUUUCCUUUGACAAGAAUGGGGAGCUAAUGGCUGGAUUUGAUGUCAUCAACUGGAUUUUUUCGUCAAACCAAACUAAACAGAAAAUUGGCCAGUUAGAUCCUGAGGCUCUUCCAGACCAAGCGUUCACUAUCAAUGAGGAUGUCAUAAUUUGGCACAGCUGGUUUAACCAGACUCGUCCACUCUCAGUUUGUACUGACAGCUGCCAUCCUGGUUUUAGCAAGAAAGUGAAGGAGGGGAAACCAUUUUGCUGCUAUGAUUGCAUUCCAUGUUCAGAAGGGAAGAUUUCAGACCGUGAGGACCUGAGCGACUGUUAUGAAUGCACAGAUGAAACUUUUCCAAAUAAAAAUCAGGAUCUAUGCAUUCCCAAGCGCAUCAGCUACUUGACUUUUGAAGAACCUUUGGGGAUCAUCUUAGCCUCUUUUGCUCUUUGCCUUUUUUUGAUCACAGCUUUGGUGCUGGGAAUAUUUGUGAAGUGGAAGGAUACUCCCAUUGUCAAAGCCAACAACCGGAACCUCACCUACACCCUUCUUGUUUCACUUCUGCUCUGUUUCCUGAGUGCUCUACUAUUUAUUGGCAAGCCUCACAUUGUGACAUGUUUCUUCCGGCAAACUGCUUUUGGCAUCAUCUUCUCAGUGGCUGUUUCUUGUGUGUUGGCAAAAACCAUCACAGUAGUUCUGGCUUUCCUGGCCACCAAACCAGGAUCCAGGAUGAGGAAAUGGGUGGGGAAAGGACUGGCAAACACCAUUGUGUUUUCCUGCUCCUUUGUUCAAGUAGGACUCUGCAUCACGUGGCUGGUAGCCAAUCCUCCAUUCCCAGAUGUUGACAUGCACUCAUGGACUGAACAAAUUGUACUAGAAUGUAAUGAGGGAUCGGUGACUAUGUUUUACUGUGUUCUGGGCUACAUGGGGCUCCUGGCUUUUGUGAGCUUUACUGUGGCUUUCCUUGCCAGAAGGUUGCCUGACAGUUUCAACGAAGCCAAGUUUAUCACUUUCAGUAUGUUACUUUUUUGCAGUGUUUGGUUAUCCUUUAUUCCAUCCUACCUGAGCACUAAGGGGAAGUACAUGGUAGCAGUGGAGAUCUUUUCUAUCUUAGCCUCCAGUGCUGGGUUGCUGGGUUGCAUCUUUUCCCCCAAAUGCUACAUUAUUUUGCUGAGACCUGAGCUGAACAACCGGGAACAGCUAAUAAGAAGGAAGCCUUGAAGAAUGCAUAUU